AUGACAAAGACAUUUCUGAAGGACCACUGCAAACAAAAUAAACUCUACAUGACACCUCGAUUGAAUGACACACUGUAUUUGCACUUCAAAGGCUUCUCCACUAUAGAGAAUCUGGAGGAGUACACAGGGCUGAAGUGUCUCUGGCUGGAGUGCAACGGGCUGCUGCGCAUCCAGAACCUGCAUGCCCAAACAGACCUACGCUGCCUCUUCCUCCACCAGAACCUCAUACACAAUCUGGAGAACUUAGAACCACUCAGCAAGCUCUGCACCCUCAAUGUCUGCAACAACUACAUACGCACCAUCGAAAACAUUGCCUGCCUCCCUGAUCUGGGCACCCUGCAGAUAGCCCAUAAUAAGCUGCAGACAGUGGGAGACGUGGAGCAUCUGAGUCAGUGCCUCUCCCUCAGUGUACUGGACAUGUCCCACAACCUGCUGGAUGACCCAGACAUCCUCACUGUGCUGGAGAGAAUGCCUGAACUGCGCGUGCUGAACCUGAUGGGAAAUGAAGUGAUAAAGAAAAUCCCAUACUACAGGAAGACUAUGAUCAUACGUCUAAAACAGCUCACGUACCUGGAUGACCGACCUGUGUUCCCAAAGGACAGGGCGUGUGCGGAGGCAUGGGGCACAGCGGGUCCAGAGGGGGAGCGCAGGGAGAGGGAAUCAUGGCAAACACGAGAGAGAAGGAAGAUCCAGGACAGUCUGGAUGCCAUGGCAACCAUCAGAGACCAAGCCAGGGAGAGACUGCGAGUCAGAGAGCUGCAAGAGAGAGGGGAAUAUGAGACCACUACAACUCCAGAACUUGAGAGCCCCAGUGAAAAGAACCAGAGCCAGAAUCAGAGCCUGGGCUGGGAGGAGAGGAUUCAGGCAUUUGUGGAGGACAGUCUGGAGGCCCAUGAAGAGUUCCUACAGACACAGAGAAAACAGCCAGAAAAGGAGGAGCUAGGGAAUGAACAGCCUCUGAAGAAACAGCUAGACAGAGAACAAUCAGAAAGAGAGGAUCUGGAGAGAGAUCAGCUAGAGAGAGAAGACCAAGAGGGAGAUCAGCUAGAGAGAGAGGACCAAGAGGGAGAUCAGCUAGAGAGAGAGGACCAAGAGGGAGAUCAGCUAGAGAGAAAGGACCAAGAGGGAGAUCAGCUAGAGAGAAAGGACCAAGAGGGAGAUCAGCUAGAGAGAAAGGACCAAGAGGGAGAUCAGCUAGAGAGAGAGCACCAAGAGGGAGAUCAACUAGAGAGAGAGGACCAAGAGGGAGAUCAGCUAGAGAGAAAGGACCAAGAGGGAGAACAGCCAGAUGGAGAGCAAGCAGCAGAAGAAAGCUUAAAGGAAGACCGGUUAAACCAGUCAAAGAGAGAACAACUACAAAGAAGGCAGCCAAAGAGAGAGAAGUUAGAGAGAGAGCAGUCAGUAUGUGGCGAGCCAGUGUCUCAGACAGCUGGGGUGAUUGUAGAGCACGGUCCUGGACCAAUGGUGACUGAGCUAGAGGAGACAGAGGACCUGGAGACCAUCCACCUGGAGCCACGCCCACCACUUCGUAUUGAUGAUCUCCCUGACCUGGAGGAUGUGAAUGUUGAAGAUCCAGACAGCACCUGCAUCUUCUCCUCUCAGCAAGUAUUCCGGCCAAAGAUAGAGGUAAUUUCAGGAGACAACAACGAUGUAGAUCCAAUCAUACAUCAGAGUGGGACUGUGUGGACCACAGAGACCACACCUACCUCAGAUCCAAGCUCAUCUUCACUGUUCAAGGUCUGUGACAACACGUCAAACAAAUCGCCCACCAAUCACCUAGUAGCAUUGGACCCAGAGGCGGGGGAUGCCCCAGAGCUGGUGAUAUCAGACCCUCAGGGAGAACCCAGACAGAGGCAGAGCCCUGAAGCCAGAAAACCAGGUUGUCUCAUUGAGGAGCUCAACUAACUCUGCAGAAGGCUGUGAUAGCAUUAACAACACUAGGUUUAGGUGUUCAAUCUGGGAAAGCCUUGUUUUGCUGAAUACAGGUACAAUGUAAGCACAGAGAGCUGCUAUGGAGCUAUUUUGCAGCCACAGGUUUACACCCAACAUAUUUUCCGCACGAAACAAUUGUUUUUUGUUUUUUUGUUAGUUAUUCGUAGCUGUUUUGUUACUGGUUAUACUUUAUAUUCUGUAUUCUCAGGCUCAGUGUUCUAAUUUAAAUGUUCAUAAACUCUACUUCAAAUCCAUUCCAAGAUAAUUCCAGGCAGAUUAUAGCCAGGGCUCAUAAAAUAAAACGUUAUAGUACAGUAUGGGGAAUUUGUCUCAUUGCUUGUUACGCAAAUACUUAAAAUAUACCACUAGGUGGCACUGAAGUACCAAAUGUGCACCUCAUAUGUGCAAUAGACUGGCCCAUUCUUACAGAAAAUAAAACAUAAAAAACAAAAACAAGUUUAGAAAAUAGAAUAAUGAUGAUGAUGAUCAUGCAGAAAUGUGAACCUAAAGAAUAGUUAUUUUGUCAAAGUCUUUGCGAGUUUUAGUAGUCGUAUUAUUACAGACCUGCUAAUGCAAAACCACAUAGAAUCUCUUCUUUAUCAUUUAAUCUACCCUGGACUGAGGGUGAGAUUUCAGGGCCAAGUGCUCAGGUAAAAUACUGGUCACAGGGAGACUAGAGAAUAGAUUUAUAGAUUGGGUAUUUCAAAUAAAGGUACCAAAAAGAGGAUUAACAAAAAAUAUAUCCACCU